AUGGAGGUAGACCCACCCCCCUUGGUUGAGCCUUUGGAGAUCUCUUCUGACUCCUCUGGCCCAACUGAGGGGGGUGACCCGGCCGCUGACGACACGGCGGCCACUCGCCGCUCUCCACGCUUGGAGACCCCCCCUGGUUUUCCCCCUAGACUAUCUUUUCCACCUCCGCAGCCUGCUGCUAUGGACUCUGGAGCUGAGACAGAGGGUGAGGGUUCUGGGGGUGCUGCGACUGGAGGUGCUGGUUCUGGGGGUGCUGAGACUGGGGGUGCUUACUCUGGGGGUGCUGCGAGUCCUGGUGGCGGUGGAGGAUCCAGUCCUGCUGGUGCUGGAGCUACUAGUCCUGGAGGUGCUGGAGAUACUGCUGGAGGUACUCGAGGUGCUGCUGGUGCUGGAGGUACUGGAGCUGCUAGUCCUGGAGGUACUGGAGCUGCUGGUGCUGGAGGUGCUGGAGCUGCUAGUUCUAGAGGUCCUGCUAGUGCUGGAGGUGCUGGAGGUGCUGCUGGAGGUGCUGGAGGUGCUGCUGGUGCUGGAGGUACUAGAGGUGCUACUGGUGCUGGAGGUACUCGAGCUGCUGGUGCUGUAGGUGCUGAAGCUGCUGGUGCUGGAGGUGCUGGAGGUGCUGCUGGUGCUGGAGGUGCUGGAGCUACCCCUACUGGAGGUACUGGAGGUUCUGCUAGUACUGGAGUCCCUGACUGA